UCUCAGAGUGCCGGGCUGGGAAUCCGCGGGCCGGGGCGGGGCCGGACCCCAACUGACUGGAGGACGGAACCCGGGCAGCGCGGGCCUCGAGACCCGGACUGGGGACCGAGGGGACCGAGGCGGGGCCACCGGUCUCGCAGGCUCUUGACCGGAAGCGGGAGCUCGGGCCUCGGCAAGGGUCUGAGAGAGAGGGGGAGGCCAGCCGAGAGGCCCUUACAGUUUAGAGUUCUGGGCCUUGUAGCGCGAUGACAAUAACGAUAAGGUUUCCUGGAAGCUUAAUUUGUGUUCGACGCUGCUAAGCGCUUUACGUAUUUUGGCUUUCCUCCUCACCACAGUUCUGUGAGCAACAUGCACCUAGGAACUAAAGAACAUACAGACACCCAUGUUCGUAGUACCUACUACCCAGGAUGCUGAGGAUACCAGUUGGGCUCUCUCUAGGACAGGAAGUUGGAGAUGCAGAGGUGGAAGAGACACUGAAGCGACUUCAGAGCCAGAAGGGAGUACAGGGAAUCAUCGUGGUGAACACAGAAGGCAUUCCCAUCAAGAGCACCAUGGACAAUCCCACCACCACACAGUAUGCCAACCUCAUGCACAACUUCAUCUUGAAGGCCCGGAGCACCGUGCGUGAAAUCGACCCCCAGAAUGACCUCACCUUUCUUCGAAUUCGCUCCAAGAAAAAUGAAAUUAUGGUUGCACCAGAAAACAGAGGUGAUAAUCCUACUUCCCUGUCAGUACUGUGAAGAUUAGAAAAGAGAAUACAUUGCAAGGCCAGGUAGGAGGAGGGGCUUGCUCUCCAGCAGCCACACCUACCAGAGCCCUACCCCCACCCUCAGGGAAACUUGCAAGUUCAUCUUCUGUUUCCCCAGCAGUUGGAAGUAGCCUGAGCAUUGAUGCUUUUUAUUGUUCCCCUCCCCUUUUAUGGUUGGUGAUUGGAUGAUUUCCUUUCUAGUGUGUUUUCUCCCAUUUUACA